AUGGACGACGACGCAGAGAUUGAAGCGAUGAAGGCCAGGAUGGCAGAGAUGGAGGCAGAGGCAGCGAAGCUGCGCGAGAUGACGGCGCAGAGCGAAGCAGCGAACGGAACAGGGGAUAGCGCCGGGCCUUCCACAGCUGUUGGGCCGAGUGAAGACGAGAAAGAGGAGGUCGAUGCUCGGAGUAUAUACGUGGGGAAUGUGGAUUACUCGGCCACACCAGAAGAGAUUCAACAGCACUUUUCCAGCUGUGGGACGAUCAACAGAGUCACGAUCCUGUGUGAUAAAUUUACUGGGCAUCCGAAAGGCUACGCUUACGUCGAGUUUUCCGACUCGUCAUUAGUCGCGAAUGCUAUGCUCAUGAACGAGUCGCUCUUCCGUGGCCGCUUGAUCAAAGUCACAGCAAAGAGGACAAACGUUCCGGGUAUGGCCGCUCGUGGUAGAGGGCGAGGGAGAGGGAGGGGCGGCUAUCGCGGAUACUCGAGGCCACGAGGCCGAGGGCGAGGCAGAGGGUGGUGA